AUGUGGUCACUGAACGCGGCUCAAAAUGACGAGGAGUCCUUUGGUUCUUUUCCUCUCCCAACACAGGAUCACAGUAACUUUGAGUCGCAUGUCCUAAAGAAUGGAACCUUCUCCAAAUCUGGUACGGAAACAAUCGGAUCGACAACGUCUCCAAACGGGGACACCGAGAACGGAGGAGUGAUGUCACAUGAAACCGGUUGGAGCCAGUUCCAAGACGACCUCGUCUUAGAGGAAGCGGAAGUAGGAGGGGACCCACGUGACAAGAUCACGGAGUGGCAGGCGGGAUGGAACGUCACAAACGCUAUUCAAGUGGCACGGGGAGAUAAAGACGUCGGAGCUUUGCAAACUGGAAAGCCUCCUGGCUACGUGGGCUUCCUGACCUGGGGUUUCGGCACCCUGGAAGUGGUCACCAACAACCUCCCCUCCCCCUCCCUCAAGCUCAUUGUCAACCUGAUCCUGGUGUGCAAGGCUCUUCUCUCCUACCCUCUGCCGUACUUUGCUUCUGUGGAGCUCAUAGAAACGGCACUAUUCAAGGGCAAGCCGUGGACGUGUUUCCCGCCCUGCAUGGACGAGUCCAGACGUCUGCGCUGGUGGGCGUUGUCUCUCCGUCUGGGUCUCGUGCUCUUCACCUGCGCUAUGGCUGUGAGCGUGCCGCACUUCGCCCUUCUCAUGGGUCUCAUAGGCUCCUUCACAGGCACCAUGCUCUCUCUCGUCUGGCCCUGCUACUUCCAUCUGCGUCUGCGAUGGUACUCCAUGUCGCGACUAGCCAGACUCUGCGAUAUUCUCAUCAUCUUGUUAGGAUUUGUCUGCGGGAUUAUUGGGAUAUACUACUCCGCGCAUGCGCUGUCCCGCGCCUUCAGGGGACUCCCGCCUCAGCCUAUUCACUCCCUGAAGCUACCGAUAGGCCAGUGAAAUAGAUACAACUUUUCCUGUUAUUUAUUUUGAAUUGAAUAGUUGCUGUAUCUCAUUUUUUUCCAGACAAAUUUUGGAAUUACGUCAGGAUAUGGAACAGAUUAUGAACGCUUCUGUGAUCACUUCAUUGUAACUAUUAUGAGUGUUAUGCUAGUUCUUUCUUAAAACCUGUAAAUUAAAUAGUAAUUAAUGAUGAAUGAUGGGGAGAUUUUAAAACGGACUGAACAAUGUUGGAAUUAAUUAAAUUAGAGUUUAACACAAAUUGCCAAAAGUAUCUAAACAUUCAGUUUUCAAACCUCAUCAUGUUCUUUGAUUUAGAGACCCCCAAGUGUCCUAGAGUGGGUGUCUUUUUCCGUUGCUGUGUUAAAAUCAUAGACAAAAAGGGUGUGUUUGUGGUGUUUUUUAAAUACAUAAUAUUACAUUAAUAUCUUCUUGGCCUACUGCCAGGACACAUUUACAACAUUGUGCGUUUGUGUUUGUGUGUGUGUGUGUGUGUGUGUGUGUGUGUGUGUGUGUGUGUGUGUGUGUUUUAUAGUAUUGCUACUUGUAAAAUUUUCUUAAAUCCCCCUCCAUUCUUAGUUUAAAAUAAUGUGUUUUAAUAAAUGUGAUCAUCUCUAU